UAUGUAUUCAUGGUUCAAGCCAGGGGCAUCCAAAUCAGAGAGAACGUAAAGAACAUUGGAGCUCAGGUUCUGGAGCAGGUGGUGAGAGGGGCCUACAGCAUCAAUGGCACAGAUUAUCCCUAUGAUUUCAACUUCAGUGAGAGUGAUGCUCCUCCCACUACAUACCUUCCUGAGGGGUUCACAUACCUUCCUUCACAAGUUUGCCCUGAGAAGCUGCCCUCAAUGAAGGGCAGGUUGGAGGUGAAUAUGAGUGAAAUAUCUCUGGAGGACAUCGAAAGGUCCUCGCUGGAGCGAGAGCCCAGCAUGGCCCCAGGAGGCUUCUGGAAGCCCAAAGACUGCUUACCUCGCUGGAAGGUGGCAAUUCUUGUUCCGUUCAGGAACCGACAUGAACACUUGCCCAUACUCUUGAGACACCUGGUGCCUGUGCUGCAGAAGCAGAGACUCCAGUUUGCCUUUUAUGUCAUAGAGCAGGGAGGUACAGAACCAUUUAACCGAGCCAUGCUGUUUAACGUGGGCUUUAAAGAGGCAAUGAAAGACUUGGACUGGGACUGUCUGAUCUUCCAUGAUGUGGACCACCUCAUGGAGAAUGACAGGAACUACUACGGCUGUACAGACAUGCCUCGACAUUUUGCAGUCAAACUAGACAAGUAUUCCUACAUGCUUCCUUAUAACGAGUUCUUUGGUGGUGUCAGUGGCCUGACAGUGAAACAGUUCAAGAAGAUUAAUGGCUUCCCUAAUGCGUUCUGGGGCUGGGGAGGUGAGGACGAUGACCUCUGGAACAGGGUGCAGUUUGCCAAUUAUACUGUAAGUAGGCCGCAAGGAGACCAAGGACGCUACAUGUCAAUUCCCCAUCACCACCGCGGGGAAGCCCAGUUCCUAGGAAGGUAUACUCUUCUACGUCAUUCAAAGGAGAGACAGAAAGUGGACGGUCUUAAUAACUUAAACUACUCCCCGCUGGUUUCCAGAAGUCCAAUCUACACCAACAUCACAGUCAGCCUGAGCAGAAAGCUCGCACCCGUAGCUGACUACUGACGAAGACAGAGCUGGACUGCAAAACACCUGGGAAUCAAAGUCCUCUGGGACAUCAGCCAUAUCUCACCAGUUGCAGCACUGCUUUAGGACUUUUAAGUUGAGACCUUUUUUUUUGUUUGUUUGUUUGUUUUUGCUUUGUUUUUGUUUGUAUGCAAAGAGAAAAAAAGAAGAAAAGAAAAUGGAGACUCAAAUUAUUAUGUUUGAUAAAUCGUAAGAAAAUAGGGAUAAAUGCUGCACUUAUUCGUGCCACAGUUCAUCACUCUUCUCAU